CCACAGGGAUUGGGCUGGGCCGGAGGACUGGGGGCGCGCGCCAGGCAACGAGGCGGCGUCCCGAGGGAGGGAGGGAGCGGGGCGCGCGCUCUCUGUCUCCCUCUCUUCUCUCGCUCGCGAGGUGGCACUGUGUCAACACCUCCUCCUCGCCCGCGCUUCAGGGAAGGAAGUGCCCGCCGGCAGUGGAGACGCGGAACGGGCUCCGGAGGAGGAGGAGGAGGAGGCGCCGGGGGAGGGAACUGGGGCCUUGGAGGAGAGCGGGAGAGGCCUGGCGGUCGCGUCGUGAGUCUGAGGGCGCCCCCCGCCGUCGCCGCGAGCCAGCACCGGCCCUCGCGCCUGUCCUUCCUUCCGGCCUGAGCCCCAGCGAGAGCGCCUGUGGCGACGGAGGCCGGCCUGAACCGCGCGGCUCGCUCCGGUCCUGGUGGCGGCGCCUGGCCCUCCACCGCCAGGGGGACCUGCUUGGCGGGAAAGUGGCGGCGGCGGCGGAACUGCUCCUGGCAGCGUUUCGGGCCUGCCCUCGGAAGCGGCGGCGGCGGAGGUUGGCAGCGGCGUCUCUUCGCUUUCAGACAAAAGGCGGCGACGGAGAACGGCUCCCGUUAUGUCCUCUUCCUUAGGAAGGGCGGGCUGACACCUAGGCCACUUUGCCGGAGCUGGGAAGAACUUUGCACGCUCCCUGCCUGGCUGUGGAUCGUCGCUGGCCUGUCCCUUGCACCUCCCUUUCUACCACCGAAGCCGCCUUCCUCACGGGCCGGGCCGACCCGAAGUGGAAGAAGAGAGCGCCAGGGCACCAUGGGAGGAGGGGGACUUGAACUCGCCUCUCUCUAGCCCACCGGCAACGCGGGACGGUUGCUUCACUGCUCAACAUCUUGAGAUACAGAAUAUAAUCUUUGAAAUGGGAUUACAUCCAUGUCAUUCCGUCAAAUACAAAAAUUAGUGUAUCCUGGAGGCAAAGUGCCAUGAGAAAAUUUGCAUAUUGCAAGGUGGUCCUUGCCACCUCAUUGGUUUGGGUCCUUCUGGAUAUGUUUUUGUUACUUUACUUCAGUGAAUGCAACAAAUGUGAUGAGAAAAAAGAACGAGGUCUUCCACCUGGGGAUGUUCCUGAACUGGUGCAGAAACCUCAUGAAGGCCCAGGAGAGAUGGGAAAACCAGUUGUGAUUCCUAAGGAGGAUCAAGAAAAAAUGAAGGAAAUGUUUAAAAUAAACCAGUUUAAUUUAAUGGCAAGUGAAAUGAUAGCACUCAACAGAUCUUUACCUGAUGUCAGAUUGGAAGGGUGUAAGACAAAGGUGUAUUCAGACAACCUUCCUACAACAAGUGUUGUCAUUGUCUUCCAUAAUGAAGCUUGGAGUACUCUCUUACGAACUGUUCAUAGUGUCAUAAACCGGUCACCCAGGCACAUACUGGAAGAAAUCAUUUUAGUUGAUGAUGCUAGUGAAAGAGACUUCUUGAAGAGGCUCUUGGAAAACUAUGUGAAAAAGUUACAGAUACCAGUCCACGUGAUUCGAAUGGAGCAGCGUUCUGGACUAAUCAGAGCCAGAUUGAAAGGAGCUGCUGCUUCUAAGGGCCAAGUCAUUACCUUUUUAGAUGCUCAUUGUGAAUGCACAGUAGGAUGGCUCGAGCCUCUGUUAGCACGCAUAAAAGCUGACAGGAGAACAGUGGUUUGCCCUAUCAUUGAUGUCAUCAGUGAUGAUACCUUUGAAUAUAUGGCAGGUUCUGAUAUGACGUAUGGUGGAUUUAAUUGGAAAUUGAAUUUCCGAUGGUAUCCUGUUCCUCAAAGAGAAAUGGAUCGAAGGAAAGGUGACAGAACUCUUCCAGUCAGGACACCUACAAUGGCAGGAGGCCUUUUUUCUAUAGACAGAGACUAUUUUCAAGAAAUUGGGACAUAUGAUGCUGGCAUGGAUAUAUGGGGAGGAGAAAACCUUGAGAUUUCAUUCAGGAUUUGGCAGUGUGGUGGAACUUUGGAAAUUGUGACUUGUUCACAUGUUGGACAUGUUUUUCGAAAAGCCACUCCUUAUACUUUUCCGGGAGGUACAGGACAGAUUAUAAAUAAAAAUAAUAGGCGACUUGCUGAGGUUUGGAUGGAUGAGUUCAAGAAUUUCUUCUACAUAAUUUCCCCAGGUGUUACAAAAGUAGAUUAUGGAGAUAUAUCCUCACGACUUGGUCUGAGACACAAACUACAGUGCAAACCUUUUUCCUGGUACCUAGAGAAUGUUUAUCCUGAUUCGCAAAUACCACGUCACUAUUUCUCUUUAGGAGAGAUAAGAAAUGUGGAAACAAAUCAAUGUCUAGAUAACAUGGCAAGAAAAGAAAAUGAAAAAGUUGGAAUAUUUAACUGCCAUGGAAUGGGUGGUAAUCAGGUUUUCUCAUAUACAGCCAACAAAGAAAUUCGAACAGAUGAUUUGUGCUUAGAUGUCUCUAAGCUCAAUGGUCCUGUCACAAUGCUUAAGUGCCACCACUUAAAAGGCAAUCAGCUUUGGGAAUAUGAUCCCGUGAAAUUAACCCUGUUGCAUGUGAACAGUAACCAGUGCCUGGAUAAAGCCACUGAAGAAGACAGCCAGGUACCCAGCAUCAAAGACUGCAAUGGCAACCGUUCUCAGCAGUGGCUUCUUCGCAAUGUCACCCUUCCAGAAAUAUUCUGAAAGGUUUCUAAGAGGAGAACUGACUGGACUACCUCAGCAAGUACAUCUGCUACAUUUCUAUGUAGCUCAAGCAAAGGCUGCAAGGUUCCAUAGGAUUUUUUUUAUCCUGUGGAGCAGACUCUUCUUAAUUUUCAAGAGCUGACAGCCACCAUCCUGGUGUUAUUGUUUGUGGAACUAACUAUAUGAGUACUUGUGAACCUGUACACAACUGAUGUUUACAAGAUAUUUCUUCAAAGAAUCAUUUUCUAGAACACUCGGAUCAGUGUAAACAUAAUCAAGGAUAAACACUCCCAAGAGAGUGGCACAAUCUAGUUUGCUUUUACAUCAGUAGCCUUGCUCCGAGGGUGCUGUCAUGAAGAUUCUCAAGAUUUUUUUGGUAAGGUUCAGUGGUAAGAACGGUAUCAAGCACAGAUGCAAAUAUAAAAUGGAGCAGAUUGAGUAUCAGAAGAGAACGAAUCAGUGAAGCAAGAAAUGUGUAAAACAGGGUUGAGAGGCAAGAGACCAGAAUUAUAAGAAGUACAAUUUGUAGUACUAAAUAAAUAUCAAAUUUAUAUGUAGAUUUUUUUUUACCUCUGAAAAAUCCCCAAGUGGAGCAGCAACAUUCUGUUUAGUUAUAUGUUAGUCAUUAAUAUAUUUUCCCUCCCCCUAAUUGUACUGAAUUUUGAGGAGGGGAAACCAAAAUUGAACGUAAAAAAAUUGGCUCUUUGAAUGUCAGUUCAACUUUUUUUUAGAAAGAACUAUUUUGGCUUGUGGGCUGUUGAAACUGUUACUACAUUUUUUAAUUCCUUGAAAAUGAGGUUUCUGUAUCUUUUGUGUUUUGCUACUUCAGUUGAAUUUGAGUCAGCCAGCUUUUGACCUUCCAUUGCCUGUCUUAAAAUUUGUUAGUGCAUCUUCAAUUUGUUAACUUCACUGAUUAUGCUUAAUGGCCAGGUCUCUUACUACUGUGCUACCAAUUUUGUUUCACAGCAAUAAAUCUUUAAUUCUUUAAUUUCAUUCAUCGGAACAUGCAAAUAUGGCUUAUUCAGGUAACAAGUAGUUUUCAUCUGAAUGUUUCUUAAAACCAUUUUCCAUUCCAUACUUGAAAUUCAUGUUUGGAUUUUUGAAUUGUAAUGUUGAUCACUUUUUUCUAAUAAAAGCUAAGGAAAAAUA